AGAAACUAGAAAAUGGGAAAGAAAAAGGAAAGAAAAUCACGGAGGUGUGUGGGGGCUUGGCUUUCAAGCAGUCCACGAAAGCAGUUGGGCAGGAGGAGCCUCAAAGGGAGGCAAGCAUGAAUCGCGACUCUUACAAGUUUGGCGAUCGGACCCUUCCCCUUACUUUUGGGACCAAAAAAAAAAAUAAUAAUAAUAAUAAUAUAUUAAGCUCUCUCUCUCUCUCCGCCUAAAUCUAAUAGUCCACCACCAGCAGAAGCGGAGGAGGCCCAGUCUGUCUGUUUUAUUACUCUCUCUCUCUCUCUAAAAGAAUCAAGCAAGCUUCCCUUUUGCUCCCUCAGUUGCUCUCCCCACAAGCAUCAACUAAUAAGCUGUGAGCUGCGCGCUUUCUACAGCGCCUCUCCUUUUCCGCUGCCAAACCAAAGCCGCCUCCUUCUCCUCCUCUACUCUGAUCCUUCAAUUCAGAUUGACUGUUGCUGCUGGAAGAGUUGACAAGGGACUAUGUGGGCUGCUAAUGGAGGUUACAAUGUUGCCCAGAGUGGGGGAGGGCAAUGAAAUUUUCAAUUUGCUUGAUAACCCCCAUUACCUCUGAAAUCUGAUGGCCUCAAAAUCUGGUACCAGAGCUUCCUCAAGAAUGCAACAGAAAGCAGCUGGUGGGCAGACGGUAGAAACUAAUGAUCUCAGGCAAUUGCUCCCGGAGCAAUUACCAAAAUCUGUACAAAACUCAUCAAAGCAGGUUGCAGUAAACGCUUCUGAUAAUAAAAGGUCAACAAAUUCUAAAGACAAAGGAUCUGCGGAUUCCUUGAUUAGUAAAUUGAAUUCGAUUUCAUUGUCAAUGUCAUCCAACCUUGAAAAGGCAACAAGGGAAAUAGAUUCUACUGCAAAUGAGACUAGAGGCUCACUUGAAAGUUCUGUUGAUCAAGAAAAGAAGACAUCAGAGUAUGGAAGUGUGAAGGACAGUUCAGUUUCAGCCAAAGUGAGCGAUGGAACAAGCAGCCUUGCCAAGACCAGUGGAAGUGCUAAGAUUAGUGAUCGAGUUGAUUUUGUUGAGAGUGGCAAGAGCAGUAUGUGUAGAGGAAGCACUGGCAGUGAUGUGAGUGAUGAGAGCACCUGUAGCAGCUUUAGUAGCAGCAUCAGCAAACCUCACAAAGCAAAUGACCUGAGAUGGGAAGCUAUUCAAGCUGUCCGAACUAGAGAUGGGGCUCUGGGUCUGGGUCAUUUCAGACUGCUGAAGAGGUUAGGCUGUGGGGAUAUUGGAAGUGUCUAUCUGUCAGAGCUGAGUGGAACAAAAUGUUAUUUUGCAAUGAAAGUUAUGGACAAAGGGUCUCUAGCAAGUCGUAAAAAGCUUCUUCGGGCUCAGACAGAAAGAGAGAUACUGCAAUCUCUGGAUCACCCCUUCCUUCCAACAUUAUAUACCCACUUUGAGACAGACAAGUUUUCAUGCUUGGUAAUGGAGUUCUGUCCUGGAGGAGACUUGCACACUCUCAGGCAGAGGCAGCCAGGGAAGCAUUUUUCUGAGCAGGCAGUAAAAUUCUAUGUUGCUGAGGUCCUGCUAUCUCUGGAAUACCUCCACAUGCUUGGGAUUGUCUACCGUGACCUUAAGCCAGAAAAUGUGCUGGUGAGGGAAGAUGGUCAUAUAAUGCUGUCUGACUUUGAUCUUUCCCUCCGUUGUGCUGUUAGUCCAACUCUUGUCAAAACAUCAUCAAUGGAGUUUGAACCCUUGCGCAAGAACCCUGUGUAUUGUGUCCAGCCAGCUUGCAUUGAGCCACCUUCCUGUAUCCAACCAUCCUGUGUAGCUCCUACAACAUGCUUUGGACCACGUCUGUUUUCUAGCAAGUCCAAGAAGGACAAAAAAUCUAAAAACGAAAUAGGAAACCAAGUUAGACCAUUACCUGAGCUGAUUGCUGAGCCAACUGAUGCCCGGUCCAUGUCAUUUGUUGGAACCCAUGAAUAUUUGGCACCUGAGAUCAUCAAGGGGGAAGGUCAUGGAAGUGCUGUUGAUUGGUGGACUUUUGGAAUCUUUUUAUAUGAGCUGUUGUUUGGUAAAACUCCAUUUAAGGGUUCCGGGAAUCGCGCGACAUUGUUCAAUGUUGUGGGUCAGCCUCUCCGGUUUCCAGAAUCACCAGUUGUCAGUUUUGCAGCAAGGGAUCUCAUAAGGGGAUUGCUUGUUAAGGAACCACAGCACAGAUUGGCAUAUAAACGAGGGGCAACUGAGAUUAAGCAACAUCCCUUCUUUGAAGGUGUAAAUUGGGCAUUGAUACGUUGUGCUACCCCACCGGAUAUCCCAAGGCCUGUUGAGAUUGAGCGGAUACCAGCCCCAACAGCAUCAUCAAGCGAGAAGGAGAAGGCUCCUCCUACCCCCACAAUCGCAGCUCCCGAUCAAAAGGGUUCUGAUAAUUAUCUGGAGUUUGAUUUCUUUUAGCAAUAGUUGUUUAUUGACUGCAAAGGGUUUCUGUUAGCGAGUUGCAACAUUUAUCACCAAUUCAAUGAGUUUUGUUACAGCUUUCGUUAUGAUAAUUAGCUGUAGGGCUCGUUGGAAAAUGCUUUUAAAAUGGUCGAAAAAGCUUUUGGUGAAAUUGAUUUUGGGUUUCAAUAGCAUUUGAAGUGUUUUUUGAAAGAAGCAUCAGAUACGUGAUUUUUUGCAGAAAGCACUUAAGUACUUUUCUAGAUCCACUUGGAUUUUUACAAAGAAUUGGUUUUCAUAACGUUUUUACCGAAAGCGUUUUCAGUUAUUUUAUAAAGUACCUCCAAAUGAGCCUGUAAUUUACUCUGUAAUUAGUAUAGGGCUGUUACCUUUGUAAUCCCUGUAUAAAUAUUGUUCUACUGUACAUUUUCAUAAUUAAGGAAAAUCCUUUUCUACA